AUGACACCCAACGUGCUGACUCAGGCCAAAGCUUGGCUCGAGAAGGAUCCUGAUCCGAUUACCAAGAACCGGCUUUCCAUCCUGAUCGAUAGCAAUGACACCGAACAGCUGCAAGCAAGUUUCAACGGCCGACUGGAGUUCGGAACUGCUGGUCUGCGAGGUAUCAUGGGUGUCGGUCCCAGCAAAAUGAACCUCCUCACCGUGCUAGAAACUAGCGCAGGCUUAGCAGAAUACCUGCUCAAGAGUGACAAGGACAAAGUCAUCACCAAAGGUGUUGCUAUUGCCUUUGAUGGUCGAUUCGGCAGCAAGGAAUUUGCCUAUUCGUCAGCGCAGCACUUUGCCUUCCGUGGUAUUCCUUCGCAUAUCUAUCCGACUCCCACGCCUACGCCCAUGUGUGGCUAUGCGGUCAAGAAGUUGGGACUUGCGGGAGGCAUCGUUGUCACCGCCAGUCACAAUCCCAAAGAGUACAAUGGCUACAAGGUGUACGGCCCCGCCGGUACUCAGAUCAAUACCCCUGUUGAUGGCCUUAUCGCUGACGAGAUCCUAAAGAUCGCUCAGCAAACCCAACCACCCACACUGCGCGAUCUGGAAGAGUGCAAGAGCAAGGGCAUCAUCAAGGAGUUUGGCGAUGAGAUGCUGACCAGCUAUAUCAAGGACGUUCAGCUUCUCAACACGUUCAGUAGCGCUGCAGUUCAUGGCAAAGGCGCACCCAUUAGCAUCGCCUACAGUCCGCUUCACGGUGUCGGUGCGCCUUCGAUUGAGCGAUUGUCCAACGAGGUAAUUGGCCUUACGGAAGGUGUCAACUUCUGGAUCUCGCAAGAGCAGAGGAAGCCAGAUGGUGCUUUCCCAACGCUCGAAUUCCCAAACCCCGAAGAACUCUCGACGCUCGAGCUGGUGCAUAAGCUCUCUGAACAACACCAGACAGGAUUGGCUAUCGUUAACGACCCGGACGCAGAUCGUCUCGCCGUUUCCGCGCGCGAUCAAACUGGAAAACUCCGUGCUCUCACUGGCGAUCAGCUCGGCGCUCUGCUCGGCGAUGAGGUUCUUCGACGUGCGGCAAAAGCGCAUGGUGGUAAGGCUGGCAUUUGGACGUUGAGCACCAUCGUUUCGAGUCGUCUCCUCGCUCGUCUUUCCGGACACUGGGGCGGCCACCACGUCGAGACGCUCACCGGAUUCAAGUGGCUUGGUAACGUUGCUCGUGGUAUUGAAGCACGAGAGGGUGCGGGAUCUUUUGGUUUCGGUUACGAGGAGGCGCUCGGCUACAUGGCUGCCAGCUCCGUUUGGGACAAGGACGGACUGUCGUCCUACUUACUGAUCGUGUCUAUGGCAUUCGACCUUGCCAGAGAAGGCAAGACGCUGUGGGAUCGUUUGGAGGAGCUGCAUCGCCUUGUUGGUCUCUCUGUUACCAUGCAGAAGAUCAUCAAGCUCAGCCCUACCAUGAAGGGAACGGAUGUUAUGACCAAGCUUCGUGCCGAUCUCGAUGCGGGCAAAAAUCAUGUCACGGACAAGGCUGGGGCCAAAUCAUAUGCGUUCAGCUUGGUCGACGAUUUGAAGACAAGACCUGCUUACGACCAGGCAAAAGCCGAAGGUGGCGAUCUUAGCAUCCCCAAAAACGACGUGCUUAGGUUUUAUGUACCUCCCAGCCACGUUGAUCCUGCCGCUGCGAAGCGUGAUCAACAAGAGAUCAUGCUUGGAGACGUCCGUGUCAUUGUCCGACCGUCGGGCACAGAACCCAAGGUCAAGAUCUACACUGAAGCUCUAGGUCAGAUCAAGAAGGAUGAACAUUACUCGGAUGCGGUACAACGUGUCACAAAGGAGCUCGAGGAGGUUGUAGAUGCUUUCUGGGAUUGGAUGAGCUAA